AUGGACGCGCCAGAAGACGACUUGGACAUCAAGCUACAAAAGAUAUCCAAUGACCUCAUCGCCGAUUUCGACGCCUCCCUAGUCCCCUUCCUCAGGAAGCCAAAUGGCUCAGGCGGCACUGUAGUCAGGUCCCGUGUGCGUUCUCGUGAGCUGGAGCGCAUUAUUGCCGGGCUCCUUGAUCCUUUCCAAGAACUACCACAGCUUCUGGACCCCUACCUGCCCAAAUGGCUUCCCAUCCUUGCUGAGAACUUCCUCGAGUAUCAGCAGUCUCGUUACCGGAACAAGCUGCUCUCAACCCGGUCUGACCUGCUGACUCCGUUGCCGAGGGCCAUUUGCAAGAUCUUGUACACUUUCUGCAAGAUCCGUGGUGAAAAGGUCAUUGUCCGCUUUCUCAACAACGAGACAAAGUACCUGGAGCUUAUACUCUCCGCUCUCGAGGAGUCAGAAAGGCAUCAAGACGCACAGCCAUCCUCUACCGAUGCCAGCACCGCUACCGCUGGUAGCGGUCCGCAGUGGACUUGGGAGGAGCGGUAUAUUGUCCUGUUGUGGCUUUCACAUCUCAUGCUUGCCCCCUUUGACUUGGCCACCAUCUCAUCAACCGACGUCGAGCAGGAUGAUCUCGCGCCUAUUUCUGGUUUCCAGUGGCCUCAAGGUCUGCCCAGUAUAACCACUCGGAUUCUGCCCCUGGCCAUCAAGUAUCUUGCCUCCCCGGGCAAGGAGCGAGAUGCCGCAAAAGCCCUUUUGGUCCGUAUUUCCAUGCGCAGAGACAUGCAACAACUUGGCGUGUUGGAUGCGUUGGUAAACUGGGCCCUCUCCGCUCUUCGCCCUCAAGAGGGACUUCAGAGAACACCGUACCAUUACAUUGGCGUUCUCUCAUUCUUGUCCGGCGUUCUCGUCUCGUCAAUCGACACCUCCGACAUGGAUAAGUACCUGCUGACUUUGUUUCAAGAGGUCCAUGGGGCUGCCACUGAUCAAAAUGCCGCCGGGUCAGUCAUGUCAUCGGCCCUAGCUCGCAAGACAAUGAUCAAGGUGAUUCGGUCAAUCGCGGUUUCCAUCUUGCGCCAAGAUAUGCCGAGCAUGGAGAUUAUUGAGACUACUAUUGGUUUCUUACUCGAAAACCUGGCAGACAAUGAUACGCCAGUCCGGUUCGCUGCCAGCAAAGCUCUCAGUGUCAUCACCUUAAAGCUUGAUCCUGACAUGGCCUCAGAAGUUGUCGAAGCCGUGAUUGACUCGUUGAAUAAGAAUGUCCUAUGGGUAAAAGACCCCAAGGAUAUAAACGCACCGCCAGCCAUGGACAUUGGCGCCGUUGAUCCUCUCGAGUGGCAUGGGCUGAUGCUCACUCUAUCCCACCUUCUAUACAGACGCUCACCCCCUGCAGAGAAUCUUGAUGGCAUUAUCAACGCCCUUUUGAUCGGGCUUUCGUUCGAAAGGCGAGGAACUUCUGGCGGCUCUAUCGGCACCAAUGUCCGAGAUGCGGCGUGCUUCGGCAUAUGGGCACUCGCACGUAGAUAUAGUACAAAGGAACUGCUUGCAGUCCCCACCAGCUCUACGGUAUCAACCAGAUCCUACAACCAACAAGCCUCUAUGCUCCAAAUUCUGGCUACGGAACUCGUGGUGGCUGCAUGCCUGGACCCUUCAGGAAACAUCAGACGCGGUUCUUCUGCCGCCUUGCAGGAGUUGAUUGGCCGCCAUCCUGAUACGGUUGAGAAGGGAAUUUGGGUGGUCCAGACAGUCGACUACCAUGCUGUAGCUCGGAGAUCCAGGGCACUCCAGGAGGUUGGCCUGAAUGUCACCAGAUUAUCGAGCCAGUACGGCGAGGCCAUUCUGCACGCUCUCCUCGGCUGGAGGGGCAUUGGUGAUUUUGACGCCAUGGCAAGACGAGCAGCAGGAGCGUCUUUUGGCACCAUUGCUUCAGAGCUUGCCUUGGGCGUCCCUGAUUCGGCUGCAAGGCUCACGCACUUCAUGACUAUGGUCCUUGACCGGGUCAAGUCACUGCAAGUACGGCAAGUGGAGGAAAGACAUGGGCUACUCAUGAGCUUUGCAUCAUUGCUCGACGCAUUUCCAAAUAUUGCAAGCGCGUCUCAAGACGCAGGAAGCACCACUUCCCACGACUCUAUUACGAACUUCAUUUCCAACUCUCUUGCGGGGUUAAUCGAAAUCCUUACAGACGCCAACAUCAAAACAUACCGCAAACCGGAAUUGAUCGCCGAAGGAGCGAGCUCUUUGAUCAUAUCCUCUUUCCCGGUCUUGCAGUUAUCUGUACUGACCAGCAAUGGUGAUAUGUUGAAGCCAACCGAGACAACACUGCUGCCUGGACGGGCCCUCUUCGCAAAGAGUGGCACUGAGAUUUCCAGCCUGGUAGCGAAGAUGACGCCUAGACCUGAACAGGUCAGAAGGAUUGCAGGACUUGCCAAAGCUAACCUGGAAAAAUGGCUUGUCCGUCCAGAGCAGGAGAUUAUAUGUGUAGCCUCUGAAGCCGCCCUAGUUCUGCUCAUAUUCUGUGAAGAUGUUGAGCGUGAGAACGUCGUCCGCGAAUGGGCUGACGCUGUCCGUCAUCGUCCAUCUGGGCGAGCAACUACCGCCUCAGGAUAUUUCGCUGCGCUCGCCAUGUCGUACUCCGUACUUGCGACUUUGAAGGUCGCUGAGCAGGACAGAAGCUUAAUGUGCAGCGCCUUUGUCGAGCGUUGGAAGAGUGACAAUGACAUCGAGACCCGAGUUUCCAUCCUCUCCAGUCUCACUCAGAGUGAUAUUUUGCGAGAAAAUAUUGACACAUUUCUCGAGCUUAUCGACGCCGGUUUGGAUGACUACACUACCAAUGCACGGGGUGACGUCGGGUCUCUAGUCCGCUUGCAGGCUAUCAAGGCAACAAAGUUCCUCUGGGAGAGACUUGAUCAGCUUCCCACAAACGAGGCUCUCCGGGUUGUUUCGGCGUUGUUCUUGCGCAUUCUGCGUCUCGCAGCCGAGAAGUUGGACAAAGUAAGAGCUGAAGCGCAGACCGCUUUAGCUCUGGUUCUAAAGCCGAAUUGCUCUGCUAGGGUUCGCGAAUCGACUUUCUCUUCCAGAGUUUACUUUGGCUUCUUGCUCAAUUUGCUGUUCGAAGACGUAUUACAACCCACCAUAUCAGACACUCUUAAGGCUGACCCAGAUACCUGGAUGGAAGAGCUCCUGGCAGGACUCGUAUCAUCCGCUGACACCGGAAAUGAAGAGCUUGUCAUCGCAACCAGAGCUGCCCUGUGCGAGUUUUGCCAACAGUCAAAGGAAAAUACGGACGCUGUGUGCACUGCACUUCUCCGCAACCUCAAAAGCAGGCAAGGCCAGGACCGCGUAUUAGUUCCGACACUGGAGAUCACCGCUUUCCUGCUCCAUGUGGGCAUCUUUCAGACAUGUGACAAGAUCAACUACAAGAGCCUAUGCUUACAGGUCCAAAAAGCUUGCUAUAAGACGGGUAACGUCCGCAAGAUCGAGGCCUGCAUCAGGGUCUAUGGCGCCGUCGCUGAGCUCGGUCGGUCCCGCGGCUCUGAUCAGGCAUCUGUGGACGGUACAGAUGAACAGCGGAAACAAGAGGGCAUCACGGACGCUCGUAAGAGACUCGGUGCCCUCAUGAUGCAUCCAUGGCCGCGUAUCAGGAGCUUCGUUGUCGACGAACUCUGGGGAUUGACCUCAAUCAGCCUCAAUGACCCAGCAGCAGAGAAGCUGAAGGGCGUUGAUUGGGGUAAGGCUGAAAAGGGGUCUGUGAAAUCGCUGGUUGAGGCUCUCGAGUUGGGCAGCUAG